UCCCACCUGGAACGUCACAUGCUAGUCGUUUGCAAAUACUAUAGAAAUAGCUUUAACUUUCAGUGUUUUGAUUGUAGAGAAAAAAACCAAGGUCUAUUCCAUAUCCUAAUAUCCAUGCUAGAGAAAGCAUUCAAAGGAGUCUUAAGUGACUGGUUUUGCUGUAAUUGCAAGAGAAAGAUCACCAGCACGGUACCAGCAGGCUACCAACCUCAUCAUGUGUAACAAACUGGUCUAUUUCUUUCUGUUUUUCCUCAACAUGUCUACUUUCUUCCCAGCCUCUGCUCUGAACCAGGAAGGUCUAUCACUCCUCUCAUGGCUCUCAACCUUCAAUGCAUCCUCCUCUGCUUCUUUCUUUUCAUCAUGGAAUGCAACCCACCAAAACCCAUGCAAAUGGGCAUAUAUCAAAUGUUCCCCAGACGGGUUUGUUUCAGAAAUCUCAAUCAGUUCUAUCAACCUUCCUACUAGCUUCCCCACUCAGAUUCUCUCAUUCAACUCCCUCACAACACUUGUUCUAUCAGGUGCAAAUCUUACAGGAGAAAUCCCACCUGCCAUCGGGAACUUGUCAUUGCUGUCCACCCUUGACCUGAGCUUCAAUGCUUUAAGUGGAAAAGUUCCGCCUGAUAUUGGAAAAUUAUCCAGGCUGCAGAUAUUAUCAUUGAACUCCAACUUGUUACACGGUGAGAUUCCGCCUGAGAUUGGAAACUGUUCGAUGCUUCAGAAGCUUGAACUCUUCGACAACAAACUCUCAGGAAAAAUUCCUGCCGAAUUUGGACAGUUGUCAAGUUUACAGGUCUUUCGAGCAGGUGGCAACCAGGAAAUGUAUGGAGAAAUUCCGACGGAGAUUUCAAACUGUAAAGGUCUCACUUUUCUGGGUCUUGCAGAUACUGGGAUUUCAGGGAGGAUUCCAUCCAGUCUAGGAGAAUUGAAGAAUCUGAAAACUCUUUCAGUUUACAUGGCAAAUCUCUCUGGCGAGAUCCCACCUGAAAUCGGUAACUGCUCAACUUUAGAGAAUCUGUAUCUUUAUGAGAACCAACUCAUUGGAGGUAUUCCCAGCGAAUUGGCUCUGUUGAAAAAUCUCAAGAGAAUCUUGUUGUGGAAGAACAACCUAAGUGGGAAUAUUCCAGGAGCACUUGGGAACUGCUUGGGCUUGACGGUUAUCGACCUGUCGCUGAAUCGUCUCACAGGUGAACUCCCUGUAUUGCUUUCAAAUUUAGUACAACUACAGGAGCUUCUUCUGUCGUAUAACAACAUUUCAGGUAAAAUACCUCCUUUUCUUGGAAACUUUUCCCGUCUGAAGCAACUUGAACUAGAUAACAACCAGCUCGUUGGUGAGAUUCCAUCCGAAAUUGGGCAGCUGAAGGAGCUCUCUCUGUUCUUUGCAUGGCAGAAUCAGCUCCAUGGGAACAUUCCAUUUGAAAUGGGCAGCUGUGAGAAACUCCAAGAUUUGGAUCUUUCACACAAUUUCCUCACUGGGUCAGUUCCUAAUUCUCUGUUUAAUCUCAAGAACUUGACCAAACUUAUGCUUCUAUCCAAUGAACUGUCUGGUGAGAUUCCACCAGAUAUAGGAAAUUGCACCAGCUUGAUACGUCUACGCCUAGGAUCAAACCGGUUUUCUGGCCGAAUUCCAUCAGAAAUCGGGCUCUUAAGUAGUCUGAGCUUCCUUGAAUUAUCAGAGAAUCAAUUCUCUGGAGAAAUCCCCCCUGAACUCGGUAACUGCAAUGAGCUAGAAUUUGUUGAUUUGCAUGAAAAUGAGCUACAAGGCACGAUCCCGACAUCCUUUCAAUUGCUUAGGAACUUAAACGUUUUGGACCUUUCAAUGAACAGAUUAUCAGGCUCUGUUCCUGUGGAGUUAGGAAAGCUUACUUCUCUAAAUAAGCUCGUUUUAAGAGAAAAUUACAUUACUGGGUUGAUACCCAGGUCUUUGGGCCAAUGUAAGGAUUUGGAGUUGUUGGACAUGAGCAGUAACAGAAUCAUUGGCUCAAUACCAGAUGAGCUGGGUGACUUGCAAGGUUUGGAAAUCUUAUUGAAUUUGAGUUGGAAUUCUCUGUCUGGUCCAAUUCCAGAAAGAUUUUCAAAUCUGUCAAAGCUUGCUUCCUUGGAUAUUUCUCAUAACAUGUUAACAGGAAGCCUGAGAGUACUGGGUAUGCUUAACAACCUUGUCUCUUUGGAUGUCUCAUAUAAUAAUUUCUCGGGUUAUGUUCCUGAUACCAAGUUUUUCCAAGAGCUCCCAGUAACUGUUCUUUCUGGUAAUCGAGAUCUCUGCAUUAAUGGCAAUGAAUGCAAAGUUGGUGCUAACCUCCACAGAAGAAUUUUGAUCAGAAACAUUUUCUGUUUAGCUCUCAGUGUUACUGUUAUUAUAGCUAUUAUACUCUUGGGAGUAAUAUUGACCAUACAAGCCCGUAGAGUGGCUGUGAAAGAUGAGGAAGAACAGAAUGAAUUGACCUGGGAGUUCACCCCAUUCCAGAAGCUGAAUUUCUCUAUAGAUGACGUUUUAACGAGGUUGUCAGAUUUGAACAUCGUUGGGAAAGGCUGCUCUGGCAUUGUUUAUCGCGUUGAAACUCCAAGGGGCCAGAUGGUUGCUGUGAAGAAGCUAUGGCCCUUGAAGGAUGAGGAGUUCCCAGAAACAGAUUCAUUCUCUACGGAGGUUCAGACUCUUGGAUCAAUCAGGCAUAAGAACAUUGUGAGACUACUAGGCUGCUGUACCAAUGGGACAAGUAGGUUGCUCCUCUUUGAUUAUAUCAGCAAUGGGAGCUUACAUGGACUGCUUCAUGAGAAGAAAGUUUUCUUAGAUUGGGAUUCAAGAUAUAAGAUCAUACUGGGUGCAGCUCAGGGUUUGGCCUAUCUUCACCAUGACUGUAUCCCUCCAAUUGUUCAUCGUGAUAUUAAGGCCAAUAACAUCUUGGUAGGACCUCAGUUCGAAGCCUAUCUUGCAGAUUUCGGCAUUGCAAGGCUCAUUAGUUCCCCCGAUCGUUCGAGGUCAUCGCACACUGUGGCAGGUUCCUAUGGGUACAUAGCUCCUGAAUAUGGAUAUAGCUUUAGGAUCACAGAGAAGAGCGACGUCUACAGUUAUGGUGUGGUGCUUCUGGAGGUCUUAACUGGGAUGGAACCAACUGAUCAAAGGAUACCCGAGGGAACCCACAUUGUCAGUUGGGUUACACAUGAACUUAGAGAAACAGAUGGAGAAGCCACAUCCAUCAUCGAUCAGCAACUUCUGUGUCGAUCUGGUACUCAGAUCCAAGAGAUGCUUCAAGUGCUCGGCGUGGCUCUUCUCUGCGUGAACCCUUGCCCAGAGGACAGACCCACAAUGAAAGAUGUAACAGCAUUGCUCAAAGAGAUCCGGAAUGAAGCUGAGGAUUUCAACAAAUCCGGUUUUCUCAAGGGAGGGAUGGCCAGCCCAAGGGCAGGAAUCCACCAUUCUAGUUUCUCAAGAUCAACUGAACCACUGAUUAGAUAAUUUCCCUCUGUUGCUUUGAUUUCCCAAAGAGAAGAGAUGCCUGUGGAGCUCAUAAGUCAUUCUCAUUGAGAGAAUAAUUAGUCUAACUUGUGGGAGUGCAACAAAUGAACAUGGGUGUCUCCAUUAUUACUGCUCCUCAUUCUCUCUGGGUCCCCAAUAAUUCUGCCGGUUGUACAGUCAGUUUGGCUUUGGUUUUGGUACCUUGAUUUGUAUGAUAAAUUUCUGUAAGUAAAAGAUUAAAAGAAAAUGGGUGAGAUUUUAGUGUUGAUACAAGCAAUCCCGAAAUGGGUGAAAAAAGUUUAACUCAACCAUCUAUUAUUGUCA